CCGCCACCGGAUCCUCUCGCCAUCUCUCUUUGCGUAUAUAUUCCAAACUCUCGCAUUCCAUACCAGGCUACCGCUUAUGGUUGAUCUCCGAGAUGUGUCUCCGGCGUUCGAUUCUCAGAUGGCCUGAUUUCGACGCAAACGGAAUCCACAUCGUAUCCUCUUACUUCACCACCGGUUGGACCUGGACUUCUCACAAUCUCUCACAAAUCACUACCGGAUGGUCUACGCAGGGCUUCCGUCGGCUUGAUAUUUGGAUCGUCGACGACCUGCUUUGGAACCUCGUCAUGGCGGUAGAGUCUCUGGUUCUUACCUUUACGCUUGCCUGUUAUUUCGUCUUCUGCGGUUGUACGCUUUGACUCGAUCUAUCUGUUAUGUACAUAUUAAUCACAGUCGUAUUAUUUUGUAUAAUUUCUCGUCAUGACCUUAAAUUCUUUUCCAUGAAAACGCUCGGAAACCUUCCGUGUAUUUCGUUGAUUUUGUUGAUUAUUCAUGAUAUUACUUCCAUCCCUUUUUAGGGGUUCGUGAAUUGAAAUUGCAGAUACAUAUAUGAAUUUUAU